CCAACGCCAAUUGCAGCAGACCACUCCGUCCUCUCGCAGUCUCGCAUCGCCUAUUCUCCGGACGGCGGACGCCGCCUCUCCUCCGCUCCGCCGCUUGUCCUGCGCAUCUACUAGUCAAAGGCUUUGACUGCUGACCUGCUUCUGAGCUUCUCCAGACUCCAGUUCUCUCGAGGUACUCAGGCGUUGUACUCCUAUUCUCCCGUUAGUGCGACCAAACGGAAGUAACUUCACUUCCCUGCGUCUCUUUGCUACGAACCGCCUGCCUCAGAGGGAACACCAGCGUCAACAUACUCCACACACAUCGCUGCUCUUCAUCAUCUUCCUGUGUCUGUGAGACGACAGACGGUGCAGAUUGCAGUAAUAAAUGCUGAAGUCAUAUCUCUUAAAGACUGCUUUUAGAAGCCGCAAUUAUAAUCUAUUUCACUUCAUUCCACAGAGAGGGCUACACAACAGGAACAAGAAAGCUGUAGAGUUUAUAUCAAAAGGAUGGACCGCUCUGAAGGAAGUUGACAGGGUUAUUGAUUAUUGUGAGCUCAAAGAUAAACGACUCAUUCCUCUACUAAGUGAAGCAAAGGAGAGCUUUGAAUUAGCUCUGGAGGUAGACAAUUCAAAUACACAAGCUAGAUAUUGGCUGUCAAAGUUGCAUUUCAAGUACCAUGUCCCCGGCGCUUGCAAAGCCAUUGGUGCUGCUUUGUUAGUUGAAGCUGCAGAGAUGGGUGAUCCAGAUGCUCAGUAUGAGUUAGGUCGCUGUUUGAGAGUUGAGAAUGAGGCUGUUCAAUCAGAUCAGCAAGCGUUUUACUAUUUAGAGAAGGCAGCUGAUCAGUUGCACUCGGGUGCACUAUACCUUUUAGGUGCAGUCUAUUUGACUGGAGAUUGUGUGAAAAAAGACAUUGAUUCUGCAAUUUGGUGUUUCCACAGAGCAUCAAAAAAGGGUCAUGCUGGAGCUGCUAUAGCAUAUGGCUCCCUUCUCUUGCAAGGGGCCAAAGUUCCAGAAUCAAUAACUAAGUUUUAUACGAAGAGGCCUUGGAAGAGGACAUCAAAAAGGCGAGGAGAGCCAGAGCUAAACCCGGUUGAACUGGCUAGAGAACAGUUUGGAUUGGCUGCAGAUGGAGGGUGUGACCUUGGUUUGAGAUGGUUGAAAAGGCUGGAGGAAGAAGAGAAACUUUUGCUGUCUAAGAGCUCAUAGCUUCCAUACUAGGAUACCUUCAUAAUACUCCUUAAUAUACUAAAUUACAUAUAAUAAAGAGAACAAUCACUCAAAUAUCCCAAACAUUGUAAAUGUGUGAGCUUAAUACCUCAAACUUGCAUGCUAGAUAUAAACAUCAUGAUAUAUAUGGUCAAAGUUAUUUUAGCAGUUUAGGUGCAUGAUUUAAAUACUCUAAGCAUUUAAAACGGUGCACAUAGCAUCUUAAGUUUCCAUUUUUGAAAUAAAUAAUUUGAUUUCAUGGGUUAGAGAAUUAGAGAUCACCUAUAAUAUACUCUCCGUCCAGAAAGAAGUUCCCGUUUCGGUUUUACAAUGCUUGACUGACGAUAAAGCAAUUCGAUCUCUGUUCACACUCAGAUUUAUUUUUAGUAAAUAAAAUUUAUAUAUGCAGAAACUACAUUAAAACCGCUACAAAGUCUAAUCAAGAAAAUGUAAAUUUGAUAAAAAUUUGAUAUAUAAAGUAAAAGAGUGAUUUAUGUUGAUCAAGUGAAUAGUGAAUGCGAACUUCAUUUCGGGGCGAAGGUAGUAAAGUUUAAGAUGUUUAUUUUAUACAUGCAAGUUUGAGAUAUUCACCAAUUUGAGUUCAUGGGGUAGAAAUGAUUUAAGUUGUAGUUUUUGCUUGCAUAUUUAUAAUUUAUUCAAGUGUAGCUCUCAAUUAUUGUGUUAAGCACUUGAGCAAUGUAAAUUCGGACUCGCUGUGAGCCUGUGACUCCUGUGAGUACUCUAAUCCUCCCAACAUUGUAUAUUUGUAUAUCUUAUUUACGUUUGGGUGAAAAAUAAUGACCCAUGACGUGUUGUUAGAGCCAUGUUUUGUUAUAGUAUGAUGAUUAUUUCU